CCUAAUUCCUUCAUUAGAUAACAGUCAAUCCAAACCCUAACCCUAAAAAUUAUCUUCAAAAACCAAAAAAAAAAACCAACAUAUUAUUUUCAGAAUAAUAAAGAUUCAAUUAGAAAAAAUAUUAAUCCUAGAAAUGGAUUCAGUUAUUUCAGAGCUUGAAGGAACUCUUUUAAAAAAUUCCGAUCCUUUUUCUUACUUCAUGUUAGUAGCAUUCGAAGCUUCGGGUUUGUGUCGUUUCGCAUUGUUGUUGAUUCUAUGGCCGGUGAUACGAUGUCUCAACACGUUAGGAAUGGAAGAUUAUGGUUUAAAGCUAAUGAUCUUCGUUGCUACUGCCGGUGUUCGUGAAUCGGGGAUCGAGGUGGUGGCAAGAGCGGUUUUACCAAAGUUUUUUAUGGAUGAUAUUGAAAUGGAAGCAUGGAAUGUUUUUAGUUGUUAUGAUAAAAGAGUUAUUGUGAGUAAAAUGCCUAGGGUUAUGGUUGAGAGAUUUGCCAAGGAGCAUUUGAGAGCCGAUGAAGUUGUGGGAAGUGAACUGAUAGUAAACCGAUUUGGCUUCGCCACCGGUUUUGUUAAAGGAGAUUCUUUCGCCUCUAGUCGAGUCGCUACGGUGUUUACGGAUAAAAAGGCGGAUUUAGGAUUGGGAAGAAUUGCUUCAAGUUCUUCAUUCAUGUCCUUGUGCGAGGAACAUAAGAACCCACCAUUUGUUGCCAAGCACAAGCAACAUGACCACCAGCAAAUCCGCCCUCUCCCGGUGAUCUUCCACGACGGCCGCCUCGUCAAGCGACCAACGCCACUCACAUCACUUUUGAUCAUUUUAUGGAUUCCUUUAGGCAUCAUACUCGCAAUAAUCAGAAUUGUGGUCGGAAUAUUAUUACCAAUGUGGGCUAAACCCUACUUAGCUCCAUUAUUUGGCGGUAAAGUCAUAGUCAAAGGCAAACCACCACCGCCACCGGCCAAUGGAAACUCCGGCGUGUUAUUCGUUUGCAGUCACCGUACUCUAAUGGACCCCGUAGUCCUAUCCACGGUUCUUAAACGUAAAAUCCCAGCUGUCACAUACUCGAUUUCGAGGUUAUCGGAAAUUUUAUCACCAAUUCCAACCGUACGAUUAACGCGAAGCCGUGAAAUAGACUCGGAAAAAAUCAAACGUGAACUAGCUAAAGGCGAUCUAGUGGUUUGUCCGGAAGGAACAACAUGUAGAGAGCCAUUUCUAUUAAGGUUUAGUGCACUAUUCGCAGAAUUGACGGAUCAGAUUGUUCCGGUGGCUAUGAAUUAUCGAGUCGGAGUUUUUCAUGCAACUACGGCUAGAGGAUGGAAAGGGUUAGAUCCGAUCUUCUUUUUUAUGAACCCUAGACCCGUAUACGAGGUGACAUUCUUGAACCAACUUCCGGUAGAGGCUACGUGCUCGUCCGGUAAGAGUCCGCAUGAUGUUGCGAAUUAUGUGCAGAGAAUCUUAGCGGCUACGUUAGGGUUUGAGUGUACAAAUUUUACAAGAAAAGAUAAAUACAGAGUUUUAGCUGGGAAUGAUGGAACUGUGUCUUACAUUUCAUUUCUUGAUCAGAUCAAGAAAAUUGUGAGCACUUUCAAGCCCUUCUUUCACUAAUUAAUUAAAGAUGUGAUUAAUUAUAUGAGAAUAAAAUUGUAUUGUUGUUAAUACACUAUAUUUUAUUAAUGUAAUUUUGGUUACUUUAUAUGUAAA